AUGCUGAAGAUGAGAGAUGCCGGCGCUAUUUUCGUCUCGGCCGUACUACUUGUACUGCUGCAAACAGCUGUUCGAGGCGUUGACUGUGUGAAAGUGUCGUUCUAUGGAGCCAGUCACAUCGCCAUGCCCAUGCAGGAGGCGAAGAGCUCCACCAACAUUCGCCUCAGAUUCCGCACAAUGCUGCCCGAUUGCUUCAUCUUCCUGGCCGCCGGUCGGACGGAUUAUGCGCUGAUCAAUCUCGAGGCGGGCAGAAUAAAGUUCGUGUUCAAGAUUGAGGACUUCACAACUGAGCUGUGGUCGCCCAAGAAUAUACUCUUCAACGAUCUCAAUUGGCAUGAAAUCGCCAUUCAACGCUACGAUUCUAACAUCACGAUGCAAGUGGAUGAGCAUUUCAACCGGAAAACCGUGCCGUCGAAAAUUGGGGAGCUCAACAUCCACUUUGGCGUCUUCCUCGGCGGCGUUGGGGAUUUCUCUCAAGCGUACUUAAGCACCGUGGACAAUUUCCGUGGAUGCAUGUCUGAUAUGUACUAUAAUAAUAUCAACGUCUUUAAGCGCGCCAAAGAAAGGACUUCUCACGUGGCUAGUGUUCGGGUUUCCUGGACGUGUGCUGCGGAAUUCGAUGCUGAUCACCAGCAGAGUGUCAGUUUCAUCGAAGAUGACUCCUUUAUGGUGCUGGGAAAGCCUACAAUGUACUCAGGAGACAUUUGGAACCUCCAAUUCCGGACAAUUGAGGUAGUUUCAAGUGUUCUGUACAAUGUGGGAAAUAUGGAUUUCAUCUCUCUUGAGAUUGUUGAGGCGAAACUUCGAUUGUUGGUCGGCAAGGGAUCGAAUGCUGUUGAACUCAUCCCGGACAGGAAUGUUUCUGAUGGCAAAUGGCACAAUGUCUCGAUUCUGUACAGCCCAAUAAUCGUGGAGAUCACUGUGGAUGAUGUGAAAAAUGCUGCGAGCUUCGCGAACGGAAGUAGUCAUGUCAUUGAACUCAAUGAGCAAUUCUUCAUUGGCGGAUUGGACUACAGCCUGAGGAGGAGAGCUGGAAUGAAGGGAUCCAGGGCUGUUGACAGCAGCUUCCGCGGAUGCAUGAAGAAUAUAUUGGUGAAUCGUCAGUUGAUUGGAUUUCCGGAUAUGAAGAUCACCCAGGGAGUGACUGUGGACUGUGUCUGGAGGUAUCCUUGCAUCGAGAGACAGCCUUGCAUCAUCGGCAGCAUAUGCCAACCUUAUGGGAUUGACGAGUUCAUCUGCCACUGCAAUCAGGCAUUUUGCAUAAGGAAUGACUUCCUGGAGAGAUACAAGAUCUUCUCCAGAAUAGAUCUCCCCAUAGACAUUGAGAUUCUCGCCAUAUCACCUAUGCAACUGAUGGAGGGAGACAGCAUGUUCCUGUCUCCAAUAUACAUCGAUGUGCUCUUUGACUUUGCAAAGAUCGGGCUCAUGGAGGCCGGAGUGAUCUUUCACAUAGUUCAGCCACCAAAACAUGGCACAAUCGCCGUUGCGCCCUUCGCGAGCGACGGCAAUGAGACCCAGACGAAGCUCUUCUCCCUCAUGGAUCUCAGCACAGACAAGGUGAAGUACACCCACAGUGGAAAUGAGCACUUCAUCGAUCACAUCACGAUGGACAUGCAACUGGUGUCCACGAAUCGAGAAUCAGUUCCUGAUUAUGUUCAGGGCAAGCAUAGAUUUGUGCUGCACAUCAACAUUACAGCUGUUAAUGAUGCUCCAUCGCUCUACAUUCCGCACAAUCGAAUGCUGAGACUCACCCAAGGAAUACCCAAAGUUAUCGGUCCGGAUCUCCUGCUGGCCACUGAUCCUGACAGCCCAGACAGCUCACUAAUGUACACAUUUCUGCCGUCGCCGCAACCAAACCGCAUUGCUGGGAAGUUGGAAGUGGCGGGAAAAGCUGUCACCACAUUUUCCCAGUCUGAUGUGAAUCAGGGACAUGUGACCUACAUUAUAGAGUCAGACACUCCCGAAGACACAUCAAUGGAAAUUUCUGUUCAGGUUUCCGAUGGCAUGGAGACGAGCCCCACUGUUAUGCUGAAAGUGUCUGUGUUGCCCCUUCAAUUGCGAAUGAUCAACAACACCGGCCUGAUAUUGGUUCACAAAUCAUACGCUUUGAUCUCUCCUUGGAACUUAUCUUUCGUCUCCAACUCCGAUGAUGAUCAAUUGGAUGUGAAGUUCGACGUGGUCAGACCACCACAGUUUGGCAGUAUUCAGAAGUUGCGAGCUGUAGACUCCUCCUGGAUAACCGUGGAUGCCUUCACUAGCAAUCAGAUGCUCCUUGGCCAGAUAAGAUAUCUCCACACAACGGACUUUCCCCAGCAUGACGAUUUCAAGUUCACAGUGUCUUUAGCGCCCAUCACAAUGGCGAAGUCUUACGACUUUCGGAUAACGUUCACGAAGCUCCAGAUCGGGAUUCAGCGACAGGCGAACUUGUACAUCAAUGGGAGUGGAGAUGUAGCCAUCAAGAGUGAUAAUCUGUACCAUCAGACUCUUCCCUUGCCGACAUUUCCACGGAAUAUAAUUUAUAUAGUGGUGAAACCGCCGAAAUACGGGAUCAUCUACGUGGACGGAUAUCCUCAGGCUGCCAAGGAGAUGGAUUCAUUCACUCAACAGGACAUCGAUAAGACCAUCAUGCGCUAUCGGACGUACUUAACAUCUUAUUCAAGCUUUGUGGAUGUCUUCGAAUUUGCCGUUUCUGUGCCUGAAUGCGAAGACAUCUAUGGCAAGAUGAACAUUGUGUUUAAUCCCGCGGAGAGUCUCUCAAAGUCACUGAUGUAUCAGACGAAGGAGAGGAUUGUGGUGAAUGAGGGCAGAGCAGCCUUACUGACCACCAAUCACUUCGAGGUGAUCUUCGAUCACUUCAAAGAACUCACUUUUAACGUCUCAACUCCACCCAAACACGGCUCGAUUUGCAACUACGACGAAACCAAUAUUAAGAUCAAUGUUAUCGAGUCCUUCACAUACGAUGAGAUCCUCUCAAGGAAUAUUUACUACUGCCACGAUGACUCAGAAUCCACUGAAGACACACUCAGCAUUCUCGUUCUCUCAGAUCCCGAGUCAAACUUUCAGUUUAUUUGCGAAGUGAGUGUCGAAAUCAAGCUGGUGAAUGACAAUGAACCCUACAAUGCGCAUCACAAAGUGUUCUACAUCGUGAAAGAGGAAAGUAAGACACUGUCUCGCGCUGAUCUCGAGUAUGAGGAUCACGAUCUCGAGACAGGUGCAGCCAAUAUAUUCUACUCUCAAGUCACCGUGCCAAAUGGUGUGAUGUUCAAGGAGGGUGUCGAGACGGAUUUCUUCACCCAGGAAGACAUUAAUGAGCGCCGUGUUAUGAUCAAGCAUCACGGAGCUGAGUAUGGCAAGAUCACGUUUAUUAUCUCCGACGGGGUGUUUGAAGUGCCUGGAUUUCUGGAGAUUCAAGCCUCUGAGCCGUUUCUGAAAGUGCGUGACUCCAAUGCGUCUGUCGUGCAGGAGGGACGCUUCAUCACGAUCACUCUUGAUGAUCUCUCAAUUGAAACUAACUUAAAUGCUGAGCCCGAUGAGAUUGAGUAUAAGAUCACAGAUGGGCCGAAUUUCGGGAAUAUUGUGGCACUGAAGAGAAAGCUAAACACAACAAUUCUUCCCAGGAAUCUCAAUGUGACUUCGAUAAAGAAUUUCACGCAAUCAAAUGUGAAUCAGGAGAAAAUCAUCUAUUGGAACACUGAAGUGGCUUCGAUGGAUAAGAUAAGAUAUCGCGUGGCGGCGAAGGGAAUCUGGACAGAGGGUGAAUUACUGAUCAGGAUCUAUCCGGCGGCUUAUUGGGAACUCCUCCAGAUUCGCCGCAAUCAAACACUCUUCGUCGAGGAGUCAACAAGUGUGAUUAUAUCGAGAGAUAUUCUUGAGAUUGUCCAUCCGAAAAUUUCCCCCGGAGAUAUAACAUACUUGGUGACCACUUCUCCUCAACAUGGUUACCUGGAGAUUCAAUCCAUCACAUUGGACGAUGAGUACAACAGCAAAGUCUUCGAUCAGAGCACAAUCAAUGCCGAAAAGAUGUUUUACAUUCAAGCGGGAGUCAAUCAAUCCUCCGAUUACUUCAUCUUCGACGUGACAAAUGGCAUCACAUGGCUCAGAGAUCUCAAGCUCAAGAUCAUAAUUAUCCCUGAGAAUCUCUACAUUUCAACCAGGGCGAUUCUCGUGGAAGAGGGAGGAUCUGUUGCGCUCUCCGUUGACGAUAUGGUGCCUUUCUCUGAGUUCUACUAUGGCAAGAUUCUGGAGUAUAAAAUCCUGCAACAGCCGCAGUUUGGGAAUAUCAAGUCUGGAAAGUCCUCGAAAGUCAACAGAUUCACGCAAAAGCAACUAGAGGCGAACAUUAUCAUGUACAAUCACAAUGGGAGUGAGAACUCCUCGGACACCAUUCUCUUGAUCGCCGUGGCGCGGAACAAGGAGAGUGUUCCGUUCUAUCUGCACGUGGCCAUUCUGCCGGUGAAUGACGAAAUCCCUCAAGUUGUCACGAACACGGGCCUUCAGAUGUGGACUGGCGGACGGAGCUCAAUCAAGAGGACUGAUUUGAUGGCUCAGGACUACGACACAGUGGCUGAGAAUCUCACUUUCGUGGUGGAUGAAGUGGUGGGAGGCACAUUGGUUCUCAAUGACGCUCGUGUCUCCCACAAAGUCAUUGGGAACUUCACACAGCGACAAAUUGACGAUGGGAAUGUCUUUUUCAUGCACAACAGCUCCUUCUCGAGUGGCCAAUUGACUUUCUUCGUCACGGAUGGGGUGCAUAACACCUCCAGGCAGACCCUCUUUGUCACAGUUAACCCUGUGUCGCUGGUGCAAGUAAGAAAUGAACAUCUGCAUGUGUUCCCGCUCACGAGAAAGCAAAUCCUGCCCGAACAGCUGCACUUUAAGUGCUCAGAUGAGGAGAGAGCUGUGAGAUAUGUGGUGACUAUUCCUCCCCAACUGGGAAGGAUUCUCUAUGAGUACUCGGAGAAUGGCAUGGCCACGGAAGUGUCAGAGUUCACACAGAGCGACGUGAGAGCUGGAAAAAUCCUCUAUGAACACACUCACACGAUGCUAGAGCUGAAGACCAAUGAUUCCUUCUAUUUCGACGUGAUCUCCAGUCAUGCCAGCAGCUUAAUUGACCAGAUAUUCCAGAUUGAUAUCUCCGUGUCCUCAGGAGGAUUGCUGAGAUUCCUCCCAGUGCCGAGGAUUAGUCUGGACGAGGGCGAAUUGGCUCCAAUUAAGCUGGAUCUGUCGAAGGUUCUAGAAUAUCUAGAAACCCGGGCAGGUAUUCACGAUCCUGAGCUCUAUAUAGAACCCUUCACACCAAAUCAUGGAGCAGUGGAGAUCAUUGAUGGGAAGAUGAAUGCCUCCAACAAUCGUCUCACAUUGCAGGACUUCAAUAACAACCGCGUUUACUACAAACACGAUCACUCGGAUACAGUUGAGGAUCGCCUUUUGAUGUCCGUCUAUCUUCUGCAGGGUCACAUUUUCCUCUGCAAUCUCACUAUUCCGAUCAUAAUCAACCCCAUUAACGAUCAACCUUUCCAGUUGAUCACUCAAUCUCCUCACAUUUCCGUCGUUGAGGGAGAAAACAAGACGAUCACGCGAUCGGAAUUAUUGACCCAAGAUGCGGACACGCCAUCGUCUGAGAUAGUCUAUGACAUCAUAAGUGGGCCUACAAUUGGGCUACUCUUUAAGGUAUCCGAUGAGGGAAUAGCUCAAGACAUCAUAGCAUAUGGAAAUCAAUUUACACAGCUGGAUAUUGAUGAGGGAAGAGUGAUCUACAUUCACUCAGGCAAGGCUCAAUCCACAACUUUUUACUUCAAAGUCUCUGAUGGCGAGUUCAAACCUGCCUAUGAGAUCUUCAACAUCAACAUUCUACCCAUAACAAUCACUGCUGGUUUUCAAAAUGAGGCCAUUCUCGUCCCCCAAGGCAUUUCGGCGGCUCUGAUUGAGCAGAGGCACUUGUACAUCGAGACGAAUGUUCACAAAACUCGAUUGAUGUACAACAUUACCAUGACCCCAACAGCUGGUCUCAUUCUGCGCAAUGAGAAGCCUGUUCUCAGGUUCAGUCAGAUGCAGCUUGUUGAGCAGGAGAUUUCGUAUAUGCAGACUGAUCUUUCGCGAUCUAAUGACACAUUCCAAGUCACAGCCUACAUCUCAGACACAAAUUACGGAGGUGUGAUCACAGUCAAGGUGAUCGUGCAUCCUUUCAUCGCCCUAAACGCCAUCACAGUCACGGCUGGAGAUAAGAUUCGCCUCAGCACCUCAGCCAUGUCCCAUCAUUCCUCGAAUUUGAACCUGAAUCGCUACAAUCCCAAGUUUAUCCUGACAUCAAAGGCUAAGCAUGGGAAACUCAAGAAGAUAACCAGAACAACAGGCGAUGGAGACUCGUACAAGGAUAAGGACGUCACGUCAUUCACUUACAAGGAACUCAAGAGUGGUGUGAUCUACUUUGUGGCCAAGAAACUGCCUGAUGAGGAGUUGUUUACGAUCUCCGAUAGCUUUGACUACGUUCUGCACAUUAAGUCCGUUCAGCCAGCUCAAGGAACUGUGGCGAUCACAAUCAAUUCCCACGAUUUGGCAGUUGAGGAAAAUGGCGUUAUGAUCGCUGAUUCCAGUCUUCCGAUCAAUUAUGUCCUGAUCGUGUGCAUCGUGGCCGCCAUUGUUAUACUGUCACUGAUUCUAGUCGUUAUUAUCAAGUGCAGAGCCGCUAGCAGAGCAUCUAAAAGCACGCACAAAGACUAUCCACCAUCACUUCCGCGUCCACCAGACUUUCUUCCCUACGGCACGCGCAUAAACACCUCCUCAGAUCCUGAAUCCAUCCCAGCGACAGCAGCUUCAACACCUCUUCCCGGGCUCAGUAAUGUUCCCCAGUGCAAAGUUAUUCCCAUCGGAUUCGAUCCUAAUGACUUCCAGGACUCGGAGUCCGACCUGGCGGAUCUCAAUCUGCCCGAUCCUUCGCACUCUUUGCGAUAUCCUUACGGAGAUGACAACGAAAACUGGUGCCCCAAUUACGAUGUCUGCAACGAUGUCAAUUACACCUCGAUCGCUCAGCCGCAGCAGCCUCAAACACCCCAAACAAAUCCGCUCCUGCGGCGGAAUCAGUACUGGGUUUAGACUUAGGAAUAGCGUCUUUAUUGUAGGGUCACAAAUGAUAGUUUUGUAUUGGAGUGCCACCCCAAUUUUUCAGCAAUUUUAUAUCGCCAUAAGUACAUGAAAUUGUAACCAAACUCAGUUCUGGGCAGCACAGUUUUGCUUUAAGAGUUCUUAAGUUUAAGAUGGGUUCUUGCCGUAUACUUAAAAUACUCAAUCUUUUGAUAAUACUAAUAUUUAUUGAAUAAUGCGUUUAAGAUAAUGUAGAUCUUCGAAGUACUGUGAAAAGCUUACUUUGCUUAUCACAGUGUAGCCAAAAACUUAUUUGAUUUUCAAACUUAAUCUUAUACUUAAAUUAAUAGAUUUUUUAUUCUCUCUACCGUAGAAAAAUUUCGCAUAUAACAACAAAAAAGAGAUCUAUUAGUGUAUUGCAUUUUUUUUAGAUAUUAGAUAAAAUAUUUAAAUAUAAAUA